AUGCUGAACAAAUCAAAAGCUAAUGGACAAGAGUUCAUCAAUGAAGUUGCAACUAUUGGAAGAAUACACCAUGUGAACGUGGUUCAGUUAGUGGGAUUUUGUGUUACUGCCUCAAAACAUGCUCUAGUGUAUGAUUAUAUGCCAAAUGGCUCUCUGGACAAGUUAAUUUUCUCAAACUGUCAGAAUGGUUCUCCAUUGAGUUGGAAACAAAUUUGUGAGAUUGCAAAGGGGGUUGCUGGUGGGAUUGAAUACUUGCAUCAGGGGUGUGAUAUGCAAAUUCUGCAUUUUGAUAUUAAACCGCAAAACAUCUUAAUCAUUGAGAACAUUGUUCCAAAAGUUUCAGACUUUGGACUUGCAAAACUUUACCCGAUGCAAAAGAGUAUUGCAACUCUUACUGCUGCGAGAGGAACUUUAGGUUACAUGGCCCCGGAGUUGUUCUAUAAAAAGACUGGAAGAGUCUCACACAAGAUAGAUGUUUAUAGCUAUGAAAUGUUACUAAUGGAGAUGGCAGGAAGGAGGAGAAAUGUGGAUGUGCAUGCCGAGCAUACAAGUCAAAUAUACUUCCCUUCAUGGGUAUAUGACAAAUUCGAUCAAGUGGAGGAAAUGGAAAUCGGAGAUCAUGCAACUGAAGAAGAAAAAACGAUUACAAGAAAAUUGAUUUUGAUUGCAUUGUGGUGCAUACAGAUGACACCUGAUGAUCGUCCUUCAAUGAGAGAAGUUCUAAAAAUGCUUGAAGGUGAUUCUAGUGGCCUAAAAUUACCCCCUAAACCUUGUUUUACCCUCCAGAUUCACCCAUAUCCAUGCAAAGAAGCAGUAAUAGGUGUUCUUCUGACGAGUCAAAAGUGCCCCUGUGUAGCUCUGUUGCUUUAG